AUGGUGUCUCUAAUUCAACAUCCUAGAUUGUUCCAAGAAUAUUCACCUGUCGCUGGUUGUCGAAUGGACACUGGGACGGAUAUUACAAGCAACACAGUAUCAGGUCCAGCAAGGAAAAAGCGGAGGUGCCAAAGAGUGGCACCUCCAAGUUACGUUAAGACGCUCAUCAAACGAGAAAACGACGCACAAUGCACAGUAUCGCAUGCUGGUCGGGGCUUAAUAAUUGAAAUGUACCAAAAGAUACCGAAAGAAAUGCUUUUGAAUGCGAUAUGUCGAACCCUGUGGGAAACGAAGGAAAAAUUCUAUGCCCCGACGUUCGAGGUACAGUACGACGAGUUCGGCAGACAGCAGUACGUGGAAACACAAUCUGAUCCAAGGGAGGACUCCACACUGAAUCUGAUAGCGUUCCAACAAUUAAACCUCAUGGAUUUGUACCAUAAAGUGUCUCGCGAAGUGUUCUCGUGCUACAACAUUGCGCUGACCCCUGGGACACCAGCACAAAUAACGCUGGCCAGCGAAAGGUACAACGUUUACAAAGAGAUGAGCAUCGACAAUGUGGCCGAGUAUAGAGUGGUCAACUACGGGAUGCUCGAUAACGACGAUAGCGACGAAUUCGACACCGCAGUUAUGACCAUAGAACUCGUUGGGAGACAUGGGCAGCAUCCGUCGUUAGCGAACCCUUCGAUGACACAUAGCGCAUUAUUGGAGACAGUGACAGACGAGGAGUUUUUUUGA